UUAUCACUGUAAGGACACUCCCUCUAUUUCACUCGCUCUUCCUCUUCACACUUCUUCGGAACUAAUGUCAAUUCCAUUUCUUUCGCCUCACCCUGAAUCGCUAGAACAAGGAGAAACUUUUCAGUUUUUGCCAUGUCCACUGAAGAUUCCAAGCGUGUUGUUCUGUUAAAGGAUUACCGCAACAUUGGCAUCAUGGCUCACAUAGACGCAGGAAAAACAACUACAACAGAAAGAAUUCUCUUCUACACUGGAAGAAACUACAAAAUCAGAGAGGUGCACGAGGGAACCACGACAAUGGACUGGAUGGAACAGGAACAAGAACGAGGGAUUACGAUUGCUUCUGCUGCGACCACCACGUUUUGGGAUAAGCACAGGAUCAAUAUCAUUGAUACUCCAGGUCAUGUUGACUUCACUUUAGAAGUCGAGCAUGCGCUUAGGGUGUUGGAUGGGGCUAUAUGCUUGUUUGACAGUGUUGCUGGUGUGGAACCGCAAUUGGAAACUGUGUGGAGGCAGGCUGAUAGAUACGGGGUCCCGAGAAUUUGUUUUGUCAAUAAAAUGGACAGACUUGGAGCGAAUUUUUACCGGACAAGAGAUAUGAUUGCGACGAAUCUAGGUGCUAAACCUCUUGUACUUCAACUACCGAUUGGAGCGGAGGAUACGUUUAAGGGAGUUAUUGAUAUUGUUAGGAUGAAAGUUAUAGUUGGGGGUGGUGAAGAGCUUGGUGCCAAGUUUGCUUAUGAAGAUAUACCUGAAGAUCUCCUAGAGCAGGCUCAGGAUUAUAGAUCACAGGUUAUUUUCUAGCAGAUCUGACAAUGGUAAUUUGGCAGUUUCCAGCUUUGGGAGGUCUGGAAUAUGUUCUACACCACGGACUGUCGAUGUUUUCAAUUAUCCAAUCUUUGCUAAGUGGUCAAGCGCAGAUCUACAUCUUAAUGGUUCUUUUCUCCGAGGGCACAACUCCUUUUGUAAACUUAAGAUGGUAAGUUUGUUGUCAAGACAUC